AUGCCCUCCAGCAGAGCCCCAUCCUCGAAAGCCAAGCCAUUGGCGGCCCCUUGCCCGCAGCUGCCACGUCCGGUGGACGUCCACGCGGCGCGCGGCUUGCAGCGCACCACGUUCGACGGUGUGAUGGUCAUCACGUCCAACGCGCCAGACACGUUGGCGUGGUGCAUGUCCGUGCAUCUGGUGCCCUCGUCACUCCUGUGCCCCAAGUGCACACACGCGAUGCGGUUGGACGUCACGCACGAGCGUUGGCGCUGCUCGCGCGCGGCGUGCCGCACGGAACGGAGCGUCCGCACGGGCUCCUUCUUUGCGAAGAACAAGCUCCCGCUGCGUAAGCUCGUCCGCCUGCUCCUCCACUGGUGUGCGCGUACGGCCGUCACCUCCGCCGCGCACAUGGUGGGGGUGAACGAGCAGGCAGCGAUGCAAUGGUACACUUAUUGCAGAGACAUCUGCUCGAAGGAAACGCUCUCCAUCCCGAUGGAGCUGUUCGGCGGCGUCGACCGCACAACGAACCGCUGGUUCGGCAUCGUGACGUACGAGGAUCGCACGAAGCCCACGUUGUCCGCGCUGAUCAAGAAGCACAUCAAGGCCGGAACGACAAUUAUAAGUGAUCAAUUCGCAUCGUACGUCUCCGUCAUUGGCAAGCACACCCUUGCCAACAACCGCCUGCUCCGUGACAAGAACUACAAGCACCUGUGGGUUAACCACAGCGAGACCUACGUGGACCCGGCAAUGCGUGGCAUGAAAAAGACCCUUCUUCCCAUGUACUUGAACGAGUAUCUGUGGCGGAGCUCGUUCACCCCGCCGCAGGCCACGCCGACGGAUUUGCUGCGCUCGCUGGUGACGGGCAUCGUGAAGUACUACUACUGA